CCGGAUGUCGGAGUGGAUGAUGGCCUCGGGGCUUUGGAUUGGCGGCUCGUGGGUUGCAUUGCGUUUGCAUGGGCUGUUAUUUUUCUGACACUUGCCAGAGGGUUGAAAAGUUCCGGGAAAGUCGCAUAUUUCACAGCCAUGUUCCCUUAUGUCGUGCUGAUCACGUUUUUGAUCAAAGGAGCGACGCUGAAAGGAGCUGGAGAAGGAAUAAAAUACUUCAUCACACCUCAGUGGGAAAAACUGGCCGAACCGGAGGUUUGGUAUCAGGCGAUUACUCAGUGCUUCUUCUCUCUCGCUGUUGGAUUUGGAAGCACCACAAUGUACGCCAGUUUCAACCGAUUUGAUCAUCCAAUUUACAGGUAAUGUUCGACACCAUCUUUUGUCAACA